AGACCCAUCGACAUCCACGUCGAAGACGAGCUAACCUACAAGGACGACCUGGGCAUCACGGUCGGCAAGUGGGAGGUCGGUCUCUGCGGCUGCUGCACGCACAGCGCGCCCAACUGCCUGAUGGCGACGUGUUUUCUGUGCAUCUCGCUGACUCAGAUGAUGCAACACGACCUCGCGCUCGUACAGCUCAUUCUGGUGUUCGUCUUC